AUGCAGCGUGCCGUAGUUCAAGGUUCUAAACGCGGUUUGGCGGUUCUCGCCGGAGUCACCGCCGCUUCCGGCAUGGGACUCGUCUACGCCUUGGAGAACUCGGUCCACGCCAGCGGAGACAACGUGCAUCCGUACGCUUUGCCAUGGGCACACAGUGGACCAUUCUCUUCAUUCGAUAUCGCUUCAGUCCGACGUGGUUACGAGGUGUAUAAGCAAGUUUGCGCCGCUUGCCACUCGAUGAAAUUCUUGCAUUACCGUCAUUUCGUCGACACGAUCAUGACUGAGGAGGAAGCUAAAGCCGAAGCCGCCGACGCUCUCAUCAACGACGUCGACGAUAAGGGAGCCGCCAUUCAGCGCCCAGGAAUUCUCACCGACAAGUUGCCAAACCCAUAUCCAAACAAGAAGGCCGCCGCCGCCGCCAACAACGGAGCCGCUCCACCAGAUUUGUCGCUGAUGGCUCUCGCUAGACACGGAGGUGACGACUACGUCUUCUCUCUGCUCACCGGUUAUCUUGAGGCUCCAGCUGGAGUUAAGGUUGACGACGGAAAGGCCUACAAUCCAUACUUCCCAGGAGGUAUCAUCUCUAUGCCACAACAAUUGUUCGACGAAGGAAUCGAAUACAAGGACGGAACACCAGCGACCAUGUCUCAACAAGCCAAGGACGUGUCCGCAUUCAUGCACUGGGCCGCCGAGCCAUUCCACGAUACCCGAAAGAAAUGGGCACUCAAGAUCGCCGCCCUGAUUCCAUUCGUCGCUGUUGUAUUGAUCUAUGGAAAGAGAAAUAUCUGGUCGUUCACGAAAUCGCAGAAAUUCUUGUUCAAGACUGUCAAGGGAAGAGAACCACCAAAGAAGAGCCAAUAA